AUGCCUCCUAAAGCUUCAGGGUCAAAGGACAAGACCAAAGCAAAGAUGGUAGAAGACAAGACAUUUGGUCUCAAAAACAAGAACAAGAGUGCCAAAAUGGCCAAAUAUGUCGCCCAAGUCGAAACAGCAGUCAUGGCAGCCGGAAAUCGAAAGGCAGUAGAUGCACAAGCUGCUGAAAAGGCUGCUCGUGCUGCUAAAAAGGCUGACGAAGAGAAACGCAAAGCUGAACUCGCUGAACUCUUCAAGCCUGUACAAACUCAACAAAAAGUCCCAUUCGGCGUUGAUCCAAAGACUAUAUUAUGUGCCUUCUUCAAGGCGAGCCAGUGUCAGAAAGGCGACAAGUGUAAAUUCUCCCAUGAUCCAAACAUUGACAGAAAGGAAGCCAAGAUUGAUGUCUAUACUGACAAGAGGAAGGAUGAAAAGGACGAAGAUACUAUGGACAAAUGGGAUCAGGAGAAACUGAAUGCUGUUGUAAACCAGAAGCAUUCAUCGGGCAAUGUCAAUAAACCAACAGAAAUCGUAUGCAAAUUCUUUGUCGACGCUAUCGAAGCUGGAAAAUAUGGCUGGUUUUGGGAGUGUCCGAAUGGAGGCGACAAGUGUAAAUAUCGCCAUGCUCUGCCUAUGGGUUACAUUCUCAAGAAGAAGGAAACAGAAGAGGAGAGGAGAGAACGCGAGGAAAUGGAAAAAGAGAAUGAGAUAUCCAUCGAAGAAUUCCUCGACACCGAGCGACAUCAACUAGGCCAAAAUCUGACACCGAUAAAUGAAGUCUCGUUUGCAAAAUGGAAGGCCGACAAGAAAACGAGAGAAGCUACUGACGCCGCCGCUCUCUCGAAAAAGAAGGAGGAAGCAUAUAAACAACACAAAGCCGGAAUGAAGUCAGGAAUUCUGUUUUCAGGAAAGGAACUCUUCGACUUCAAUCCGGAUUGGAAGGACGCGGAUGAUGAUGAGGCGGUUGCAUUGGAUAUGAGGGAGGAAAGUGAUGGAGAACGACCAGCUGAUGAAGAAGGUAGAGCAGGGAAUGGUUACUUGGGCGAGGAUAAUGGUGUGGAAAGUGAUGAACAUGAUGAUGAAGACGAUGAUACCGCCACAAGCAGUAAACAUAAGGGUAAACAAAAAGCAUCAGACGAUACUGAAGCUGCUAUCGAUGUAUCAAUGUUUGAGGCUGAAGAUCUUGCCGGAAUUGAUGACGAUGACGACGAGGAAGAAGAAGAGGCUGAUGAAGAACGCAAGCUCAACUUGGAAGACAAGACAAACCGGAAACGCAACAAGACAUACCAGACGGCACUACGUAACAUGUCUGUUACCCUCUACCACGCUCCCACGAGUCCCUUCGGGAACAAGCUCAAGAUCAUCAUGUACGAAAAAGGCAUCGACUUUGCUUUACCACCACUAUCAGAGACUCCAGCAAACAUUUUCUUGGCGAAUCCAAGAUCUGAAGUGCCCCUGCUCAAGCAUGGAGAUGUGGUUUUGUUCGAUAGUCGGGUGAUUGCCGAAUACUUGGAAGAAGUCUUUCCAGAUAAACCAAUGUGGCCAAAGAAUCCUGCCUUGAAAGCAAAGGGACGAGUCAUUGCUGACGUGGUAGACACUCAUCUUGAAGGAAUCACUUGGGGAAUCGGAGAAAUCACCUUCUUCAACAGAACACCACCGGGAUCUAAACUUCGAGAAGAAAUGCUCGAAAAGGCUACAUCUCAAAUUCAAGACUACUUCACCUUCUUGUCCACGCAGUUAACCGGAAUGGAUUACUUUGGUGGCGAUGUGUUCUCCAUCUCUGACGCCGCCGUCGCUAGCCACGUAAUGGGGUGUGUCGCUCGAGGAAUCUUGCCACCUGCUGGAAGCAAUCUAGCACGGUGGUGGGCUGUAGUGGAGCAAAGGCCUUCAGUAGCUAAAGUGAUUGAAGGAGGAGUCGCCGACCGUUCGGGACCCACAAUUACUGAUGCUGCUACCCGUAUCGAGCAAGGUCUAUUCAAGCGAGAAUACCGUGAUCAUAGACUAGAGUGGAUGAUAAAAUCGAAUCCUGCCGGAAUCGAUAUCGUUAAAGCCGGCAUCGGAAAGAACAUUCGAUUUAUUGACGAGAAGAACUUUGCCCGUUGUGGAAAGAUGUGA